AUGAAAUUUCAAUGCGUUGGGACCAAAAAACAGAUGGAUAUUGGUGUUAAUCGGUACUUUAUCAAGUAUGAGAUAGCUAAAGGGUAAGUUUUUGGUAAUUCUUUACUCUUUUAAUAUUUAAAAGUUGCGACUAAGUAUCAGGCUUCAGAAUGAGUAAUGAAUACUAUAAUUUUAGCGGAUUUUCGAAUAUUUACCUGGCCAGGAACAUCUUGAAUAAACAGAAGUAUGCUAUGAAAAAGAUUUACGCCCAUUCUCAGCUUGAAGUUUCACGGAUUCGACGAGAAAUCUAUGCACAUUAUGCGUUUGGAGAACAUGAGCACCUCAUGAAGAUUCAUGGUGUAUAUCGAGAGAAAUAUGGAGAAGGCUCCUAUUUAUUUUGGCUUGUUAUGGAUUAUUGUCCUGUAAGUUGUAUUUGGUUUUGAUUUUGUAAAUUUUAGAAAGCUUAGAGCGGGGAAGACACUAUAUUAAUAUUUGAUACCUAAAUCAUAAAUAUUAUUUAAAAGGUCUGAACUAUUCCUUUCAGCUUGGCUCUUUGCAAAAUGUCCUUGACAAGCAAUCCAAACUAAACGAGAUGCUACCGGAAAAGCAGAUAGUUUCAUAUAUUUCACAGAUAUUGUCGGCUCUACAGUACAUGCAUUCAAGUGAACCUUCAAUUGCUCAUCGGUAAGUUUCCCUUCCUUUAUUAUGUUUUUUCUUUUUAGAGAUAUCAAGCCAGCGAAUUGCCUAAGGUUACACGAAAACCACAUUGUUUUAACGGACUUUGGCUCGGCAGUAAUGGUUCCAGUGGAAAUUGAUACCCCAAAAAGAAGUCAAGAAUUGAAAGAUGAAGCUGCCGAACUUUGUACAAUGCCGUAUAGAGCACCGGAACUCUUUAACUGUGAUGUUGGAACAAAGUAUGACCAUAAAGUCGAUGUCUGGGUAAGGUUUCUUAUCAAAAUUUCGAUUUGUUUUGUCAUGUUCAAUAAAAAAUUUUGUUGUUUUAGUCGGCUGGAUGUGUGUUAUACGCCCUGUGCUUUCAUUGUAGUCCUUUUGAUGCGGUUGCAGCUCGAGGAGAUUCAAUAGCGCUGGCUACUUUGUCCUACAAGUUCAAGGAAGCCCCAGUAAAAAAUAGGUAAGAAGACUAGACCAGAAUCAUAUAAUUUUUUGUUGUAAAAUACUUUUGACGUUUCUGCUGGUUAGUUUCCCAUGAUCUUUAUGACUUCUUUCAGCUAUUCCGAAGGCCUUAUGUCGAUACUCAGAGACAUGCUGACUGUCAGCACCGUCGACCGUCCCAACUGCGAUACUCUCAUAACACGGUUAGAUUCCCUGCGAAUCGGUUCUUAA